CGCACAUCGCGUCUUGCCGCGUUUGGACGGUGAUUUUUUUAAUUUAUUUCACCCCAUUUCUGUGUGUGUGUGUAGCGCAGGACUCACGCAGAGACAACACAAGGGGCCCUGCAAGAAAGGUGAAACAACAGUGGUGUGGCAACAAAAAAGAAACUUAAAAAUUGAAGCUGUAAACGAUAAAUAAAAAUCAGCCGUGUGUAGCAAGUGCGGACUAACAAUAGGAAAACAACCACCCCGCAAAAGGAAAACGGCGUAUGAGAGUGCGUGUGCGGUGCGUGUGUGUGUUCCGGUGUGCGGGUUACGAUCGGUUGGAAGAAAAGCAGCAAGAAAAACCACACACGCGCGCGGCUAUUAGUAUAAGCAGUGGUAGUGGUGUUUGUCUGUGCGCGCGUGGGUGUCCUAGACGAGCAGAGCGUGUGUAUGUGUGAGGCGUUUUAGUGUGUUACGUGCGUGCCGUGUGUUCAUGUGUCUUUAGGAGAAAAGGCUGACGCGGCCCCACAUUUACCACAUACACACACACACCCUCCCCUCUCCUCCUUAAUCCCCCCCCUUCCUCCAUUUCUCCAUCCACCUCCAACACAUUCGCACACGCACACGAGCAGUAGCGACGAUUUUCCGCGUUGUUUGAGAUUGCUAAAAAGGGAGGGACAUUAAGCGGUCAAAAGGUAGCCCAGUUAAUUCUGGGCCCGGCACAUCCCGACAACACCACAUCGCGGGCAAGGAUGUCGGGCGUACGGGAAAUACCGGCGGAGGACAGCAUCAAGGUGGUGUGCCGUUUUCGGCCACUGAACGACAGUGAGGAGCUCGCCGGCUCCAAGUUCGUCGUGAAGUUCCCAUCCGGACCGGAGGAAAACUGUCUCUCGAUCGGGGGCAAGGUGUACCUAUUCGACAAAGUGUUCAAACCGAACGCGACACAGGAGAAGGUGUACAAUGAGGCGGCAAAAUCUAUCGUGUCGGACGUGCUGGCCGGCUACAACGGCACAAUCUUCGCGUACGGUCAGACGUCAUCCGGCAAGACUCACACGAUGGAGGGCGUGAUCGGGGACCCAGCCAAGCAGGGCAUCAUACCGCGCAUCGUGAACGACAUCUUCAACCACAUUUACACGAUGGAGAUGAACAUCGAGUUCCACAUCAAGGUGUCGUACUACGAGAUCUACAUGGACAAGAUCCGCGAUCUGCUGGACGUGUCGAAGGUGAACCUGAGCGUGCACGAGGACAAGAACCGUGUGCCGUACGUGAAGGGCGCAUCCGAACGGUUCGUCUCCAGUCCGGAGGAGGUGUUCGAGGUGAUUGAGGAGGGCAAAUCGAAUCGCCACAUCGCGGUAACCAACAUGAACGAACACUCGUCCCGGUCGCACUCGGUGUUUCUCAUCAACGUCAAGCAGGAAAACAUGGAGAACGAGAAGAAGCUGUCCGGUAAGCUGUAUCUGGUCGAUUUGGCCGGUUCGGAAAAGGUGUCGAAAACGGGCGCUGAAGGUACGGUGCUGGACGAGGCGAAAAACAUCAACAAAUCGCUGUCGGCGCUCGGCAACGUUAUCUCCGCACUGGCGGACGGUAACAAAACUCACAUCCCGUACCGUGACUCCAAGCUGACGCGUAUCCUGCAGGAAUCGCUCGGUGGUAAUGCUCGCACCACCAUCGUCAUCUGCUGUUCGCCCGCUAGUUUCAACGAGUCGGAAACGAAAUCAACGCUGGAUUUUGGACGCAGAGCCAAGACGGUAAAGAACGUGGUGUGUGUGAACGAGGAGCUGACGGCGGAAGAAUGGAAGCGACGGUACGAGCGGGAGAAGGACAAGAACACGAAGCUGAAGGGAAAGAUCGAGAAGCUCGAAGCGGAACUGGCCCGGUGGCGGGCGGGUGAAACGGUUAACGUGGAGGAGCAGCUCGAUCUGCAGCAGGACGCGAUGGAGGCGAGUACGCCGAACGUGGAGGUGCUGCUGGGCCAACCGGCCGAUUUGCCCGUACCUGCAACACCGGGCGGUGGCGGUCUGCCGUUGUCGGCCGAGCGCGAUACGCUCGAGGUCGAACGGGAGCGUCUGUACCAGCAGCUGGAUGAGAAGGAUGAGGAAAUCAACCAGCAGUCGCAGUACGUGGAGAAGCUGAAGGAGCAAAUCAUCGACCAGGAGGAGUUGAUCGCCAACACGCGCCGCGACUACGAGAAUCUGCAGUCGGAGAUGACGCGCAUCCAGCAGGAGAACGAGAAUGCCAAGGAGGAGGUGAAGGAGGUGCUGCAGGCGCUCGAGGAGCUCGCCGUCAACUACGACCAGAAGUCGCAGGAGAUCGAGCUGAAGAACAAGGAGGUCGACACAGUGAACGAAGAAUUGCAGCAGAAGCAGGGAACGCUCAACACCGUCCAGUCGGAGUUGCAACAGCUGAAGGACAUGUCGUCACACCAGAAGAAGCGCAUCAACGAGAUGCUGACCAAUCUGUUGCGCGAUCUGUCCGAGGUCGGGCAGGCGCUCGCAGCGGACCAGAACGAGAUGAAGAUGAACGUGGAGGCGUCCGCCGGCAAGGUGGAGGAAGAGUUUACCGUCGCCCGGCUCUACAUCAGCAAGAUGAAGUCGGAGGCGAAGAACCUGUCGGCACGGUGCGCCAAUCUCGAAUCGCUGCAGCAGGAAACCUGCCGGAAGGUGGGCGAUUACGAGAAGGAGCUGAGCGAAUGUCGGUUGCUGAUCUCGCAGCACAAAGCGCGCAUGAACUCGCUCCAGGAGUCGAUGCGCGAGGCGGAGAACAAGAAGCGCACGCUGGAGGAAAACAUCGAUGCGUUGCGGGAGGAGUGUGCAAAGCUGAAGGCGGCUGAACAGGUGUCGGCAGUGAACGCGGAGGAGAAGCAGCGUGCCGACCAGCUGAAGGUGGCGUUCGAAAGCCAGAUGGAUCAGUUGCGCGAUGUGCACACCAAGCAGGUGUCGGCACUGCGCGACGAAAUUUCCGAGAAGCAGGAGCUAAUCAACGAACUGAAGGACACCAACCAGAAGCUGACACUUGCCCACCAGCAGAUGACGGCCGACUACGAGAAGCUGAAGCAAGAAGAGCAGGAAAAGUCGUCAAAACUGCAGACGCUUAUGCUUACCGACGAACGACGCGAGCAGGCACGCAAGGAUCUCAAGGGGUUGGAGGAUACGGUGGCGAAGGAGUUGCAGUCGCUGCAUGCCUUGCGUAAACUGUUCGUGCUGGAUCUGCAGGCCCGCAUCAAGAAGUCGCUAAACUCCGAAGACACCGAGGACGAUGGUGGUUCGCUCGCUCAGAAGCAGAAGAUUUCCUUCCUCGAGAACAAUCUCGAGCAGCUGACGAAGGUGCACAAGCAGCUAGUGCGGGAUAAUGCGGAUCUGCGGUGCGAGCUACCGAAGCUGGAGAAACGCCUUAGGACAACGGUCGAGCGGGUGAAGGCACUCGAAACGGCACUGAAGGAGGCGAAGGAGGGUGCAAUGCGCGACCGGAAGCGCUACCAGUACGAGGUCGACCGCAUCAAGGAGGCAGUGCGUCAGAAGAAUUUAGCACGCCGCGGACCGCAAGCACAAAUCGCUAAGCCUAUUCGGGCCGGACAGCCAUAUUUGUUCAAGAGUGGUGGAACGGGUGGUGCUACUACGGCACCGGGCGGUGGCACCGCCAUCACACCGAAAGCAAUGGCGGACGAGAAGCGAAAGUCCCAAAUCAAGGAUAUGGACAGUUGAAUGCAUUGAUCACGGACACGGACAACUGUAGUAGCUAAAAGAGUGUGAAUGAGCACGUGUGUGUGUUUGCGAGCGCGCGAAAGCAGAAGUAUAGGAGGAUAAAGAAAUUACAAGCAAAAGCAACAUACGGAAGAGGGGGCAGGGCGGGGAAGGAGGUAUGAGAGUGGGUCGUAGAGAGAAAGAGAGAAAGAGGGGGAAGAGUGCAGGAUAAACACAAAAUCAACAAAAGCAGAACAACCAGCAAAUACCAGGAUUUCAGCAAAUCGGUAGAAUACACAAAUUGUUGCGAUAUGAGCCCUCCCAGACCUUCUCAAGCUACUAGAGUGCAUUACGUUGCAUACUGAAAUUCAAUCCCGUUCACUCUCUCUGUCUCUCCCCCCCCCCCCCCCACUGAUCCUCGUUAUUUCCCCCUUUUCGUGUCCUUUUUUUCUUUUACUGCAUUGCACGCACUCAACCGAGGCAUAAUAGUGAAAGUGUAAAGAUCUAUUAUUAUUUUCAUUAUGAGAACUAUUAUUAUUAUUAUUAUUAUAUUAUGGUAACUAUUAAAAUAAUUAAUAUUUUUGUCAUUCGCUUAAGUCAGCAACGAGAAACAGAGAGAGAGAGAGAAUGAGAGAUAGAAAAAGAAAAGAAUGAGAACAGGGCAAAAGGCAGACACCUACAAGAUACAGCAUAAUAAGCACAUCGGUACAGAUAAAAUUGGGCAAACGCCUUGGUAAAUCAAUGGCUUUUAUGACAGUGUAAUUGGCGAGCGGUUAAUUGGUAGAAAGGAAGAAAAAACGUUGUGCUUUUCGCUUCAGUCAAACAAAACCCCAGAAUGAGGAACUCCCAAAUGAACAAUCCGUAACAAUGUACUAUUACAGACUUCUGCUGCUACUACCAACUUACACUAUGAUUACUACUGCUGCUACCGCCAUCGAUUACGAUGGUUUUAACAAGAACCCGGUUCCAGAAUCAUUCCUCUUUUAUUUACGUUUGCGCAACUCUCUCACGUCUCACGUACGCUUACACGAUACUGUUGUGAUCUCGUGCAAUUUUGUUCUCUCGCUAGGGCAGAAACUUGCACAGUGAAAGUGAAAAAAAAACACACAAAACUAACAUAGCAAAGUUGGUUGCAUAUGAUUGGAUUAAAGUAUAAGGAAAAGUGAGACAGAGAGAUAAUGCGAAAGCGUUAGAACGGAGUAGUUCAUGUAGGGACGUGUGUGCAACUAAAUUAAGGAAAAAAAAACACAAGCAGUAUAGUCGAGUAAAUCGAACACAAUCAAAGAAACCCCAAAGGACAUUAACUUGACGGUAUCGCAAACGAUCGCAACAAUGAAAAGCGUCCUGCGUUGAAGUUGCCUGCAUGUAGUUAGUGAGAAAACUGCUCCUUAUCCUUUCCUUCUCCAUGCCCUCUUUCACCAUUGCAUCAGUGUCAAUGGAUGUUGUAUCCUUUUUUCCGAUCGAUGUCAUUGUGUCGCUUCGCACUAAAAGAAAAGGAAAACAAACAAACCCGAACAGCAACACAGGCCGUUUAGUGGAGAAAGUGCAGCGAUGCAUGUUGCAACGAAUCAGUUCGAAGGGAGGUUUGCAAAAAAAAAGCUAAAUACUAGAGGAAAACAGCUGUACUCAAAUCACACUAUAAGAACCCCGCAACCGAUGGUGCAUUGCGCGAAGGAGACUGAUUAAAACAAAAAAAGGGGAUGAGGAAUGCUUUGAACAAGACCCUUCGGCACUCACGGAUAUGAUCCGUCAAGCCGUUGCAGUCUGUGCAAAUGGGAAAUUGCUUCCGAUAAACCGUUACCCCUAUAGCGGUGCUCACAGAAAAGGUAUCGAAAGAAAGGAAGAAAAAAAAACAAAUAGUAAUACUAGAAGAAGAAAACCCGAACACACAACGUUCAUGUAAUCACGCUUCACACCGUCGCCGUGUCGCUCUCCCUCAAGCAUAUUACAAACUGGAGA